AUGAACCGCUCAAACCGCACUUUUGAUGCUUCCGGUCUGACGGGACUCGAGUUGACGGAACGCAGCUUCCGCGCUCCGAAGUCAGAAGCCAACUCGCAUCUGGAGGAGCGACUCGCACAAGCCAACGAAAGCAGAAAGGAAAAGCUCGAAAUCAUUCGAAGAUACGUCGCGGAGAUGAAGGAAGACCUCCACGGCGCGCAAAAAGAGCUUUCUGACUUUUCUCUCCAAAUCACUGAAUCGCGAAAGAAGGCGGAGCGACUCGAGAAUGCGGUUGAGGAAGCCUCACAGACUCUUGAAAGCGAAAUAAACGCCCUGCACGAGGAUUAUCUCGAGCUGAAGGAGCUUGAGGAAGGAGAAUCAAAGUGUAGAAAACUCGCUGCUGAUCUUGACCGACUCUUGUGGGAAGAGCAAAUUGAUCAGCAGAAGAUCGCACUCUACGAAAAAGUCCUUGAUGUUUUCUUCGAUUAUGAGCAGCUGACAGAUGGAAUCAUCGCUGGCGUAGCUUUCACGGCAUUCGGCCCGCGGAAAUUCGUUGCGCCCAGCUCCAAAGAGUUCCUCAAGACGUUGAAGAAGAUCCGCGGCUAUAAUCCCGUGCCAGAUGCGAGUGUCACUGGGACGAACAGCAACUGGAGCGAGCAUCCAGUGCUCUCUUCCGCUUCCGACAUUUCCUUUACAGCCUCAACUGUCAAAAAACGCACCUUGAUCGCUGCUCAGUCACGUGUUACCUUGAGUGAAGCAUCAAAGUUAAUUCCAACAGUAUCAAAGCGUCUUGCCAGAGCAAUGCCAGGAAUUAGAAGCGCCGAAGAAAGCAAGCUGAGAACAGCAAGCGCGAUCAACUACAUGCUCUCACUCGUGUUCUUCUUCUGGGGGCUAACCUUUUGGAGUGUGCCGAUGUGGCGCGUUUUCUGCGAAUCGGAUCAAACUUCUUGGUUUUCCGCUUUUGUCGGCGAUAAAACGCACAGUGUUGAUGAGAAUAAAGUCAAAAGUAUGGAGCCGAUUUAUGAUCAUCCAUUGAUUGUCAAGUUUCACGGAACAACUGAUACGGAUCUUCCGUGGGAUUUCAAGCCCUGUCAAGACCAGAUUAUCACGUAUCCUGGCGAAACUGCCCUUGCCUUUUAUGAAGCGACGAACAAAACAGAUUACCCAAUAGUCGGCGUAUCUACCUACAAUAUCAAUCCCUACGAAAUGGGCCCGUAUUUUAAUAAAAUCCAGUGCUUUUGCUUUGAAGAACAAAUUCUCUAUCCCGGUGAAACUGUAGAAAUGCCCGUAUUUUUCUUCAUUGAUCCUGAUAUCGAAGAUGAUCCGACUGUUUUCGAUGUACACGAUAUUAUUCUAGGCUAUCAAUUUCAUAAGGUUGAGAAUAUUGAAGAUCUACCAGCACUACCUGGUUUUGAAAAUAUAAAGCUGCAGAAAGCAGAGAGUUUGGUAAAGCUCUAA